UCUGACAGGGGGUAGCUGCACGGAACAACUUUAUUGUAAGAUCUUAGUUUUAAUAGGGAAUCAGAAGCCAGUCACUAUAAUUCAAGAUAAUUAAUUAUGUUUGAAUAGCAGAUUGCUAUUUACAAACAAAAAUGGCUAGGUAUGUGUAGUUAUAGUUUGCUUAUAUUUCAAUACUUUUCAAAUACUAAACCUUUGUUUACAGCCUCCCGAGAAGCAUACGGCGAAAUGCGCUGGCUAAAAUAGCUGAGCUCUCUGCGACGUCAUCAACUGGAGAUUUUGAGGGUUCUGAUAUUGAGAGGCUCUGUCGAGUUUCUUCUGGCAAUAAUAAGUUAUCUGGGCGUGUGAAUGGAGUUAACAAUGAGCCUUCGGGCUCUCUGGCGGGCUCCCCUAUGGUACGGAAAAGGGGGAUAUCUCUCAAUAGGCAGAAUGCUAAUACCCAGAGCAGAAUAUUAGGGAGUUUGAAGUACUUCUGGCUCUAUGUAAAGCCGCACCUCUGAUCGAUAAUAUGUACAGCGCGGAGAAGCUCACCAGCCAGUUGAGCCCAUACGUUCUCGAGGCCCAUACUCAAUUGUUUGUGCAAUCCCCCCUUUUUCGCGCGAUCGAACCGUCUCCUGUCGAAGCACUAAGCUACAAUCUCACCACGGCUCUCCUAUCCAUUGGUACAAAACAUGGACAUCUACAAAGACUCAUUUCCGAAAAAUUAUCAAUAUACCUAGACAAUUGUGUACAUGCUAGUGAGACUGCUACAGAGAAUCGAGGGGUUAGUUCAGAAUAUGCUACUGAGAUCGAAGAGGCAAUCCACGUUGCAACAGUUACGAUAUCUCUUUUGGGCUUUUUAGACGCUGUAGCUUCUUCGGCCAAUUUUUGGAGUGCAAGGGAGAGAUUGGAGCUAUGUGAGCGUGUUAAGGUUAUUUUGUCAGAGGGCUUUUUGGUGGCGAUAGAGACGGCCUUCUCGACUAUUCGCAAUACCCAUCUCCAAAGCAGUCACGUAAAAGAGUGGAAGAGAUAUGUUCGUCAUUAUGCAGCUAUUGGUCGGCCAUUGGGUGCCAUGCUUUUACAACGGAGCUUUAUGUGGCUACUUGUUGCAAGCUCAUCACUCCUCCUCGUUGAUGCUGGCAGUCUCAAAGGCCAUGAUGUUUUAGGCAUUCUGAUGUCUCGCCUUGAGGAAUCGAGGCCUAAUUCACCCCGUAACGACCAGGUUGAUUCUGACACAGUUAAUACUCUGGCAAAUAUUGCUUCGAUUGAAAUCGGUCUUCUCGAGGACGGCGCAGAUUACCUCCGUUUAGGCUCUGCUUGGCAACAAAGACUGGCAUUUUCAGUCAAAGCAAGUGCUAUAACAACCUAUCUGAAUUGUGCAAUGUUGAAUGUAAAUGAUGAUGAAGUUGAACCCGAAACCCUCAUGUCCUGGCUUGAGGACACCCUGGCGGAUCCUGUACAAAUGGCAGAUGAGACAUUGGCCAAUGUUGUCCUUCGCUCAAUGGCCUUGACCUCUAAACUCGCUCCUCAGUUCGCACCAGAAGUCAGUCGUCUUCUACCACGAUUCAUUGUUCAGGGCAAUCCACAAGGCAAUACAAUUGGGGUUGCCUGCGCAUGUCUCGCAUAUGUUCUUCACAAUUUAUCCCAGGAUGCUAUAAUCACUACCCUUUAUACGCUAGGAAAUGUUCUCACCUCUGGUGCAAGUCAUGCGGAUAAAGCUCCUUCUGUACCUAACGGAGACCUGGCGCUGGAUGGAGCUGCACAGACAACCCUCUAUGGAAAGAAUUCUAAUGGCAGUUCUAUAUCCUUGGAAAUAUUCACAGAAGAAGACACUUCUGCCGUCUAUGGUAAUGUUGUACAGGCUAUAUGCGCUAUCGCUGGAGAUUGUAAAGAUGCUAAAAUUAUUGCUUUGGCCCAAUCCAUGCUCCUGCAGAAGAUCGAUAAAAUCAACCAACUAAUCGAUGCCCGUAUCGUCACAGCUGCUGCAGAAUUGUCAUUGUGUGGAGGGCCGCUAGAAUUCCGGUCAUUGCUCAAGCUUUAUGGAAAAAUCACGCAUCUCGGUGUCAUGAAAAACAACGAAAUCAUACUGCAUGCUGUAAGUUCACAAAAAAGUUUUGAAGUCCCACAUCAUCUAACCUGGUCUAGGUAAUGAAAGGCCGAAAUUUCCUUUCCUCUAAUUUGCGCAAAGAUUCUCCUUUACAUGACAUAUAUCUCGGGAAUUUACUAGAGGACAUCAUUAGCAAAGGCGACGUCCAUCAAGGGCACAGCACGCGAGAAGGCGAUGUAGAAUCUGCAGCUAAAGAGAUUGCGCAGUUACUGCAGCCCCUAGCAGUCUUUUUUUCCACCAAUAAUAUGGUUUCCGACAAUGACCUCAGCGAGGAGAUGUUGUCUUUGGUACGAGAUGCUUGGUUCAAUAUUGUCGUUCAUGGCUUUACCACCAACACUGAGCGUGGACAGCUCUAUCUAAAAGAGUUGCGUAUCCUGGCGAUCCAUUCAAAGCCUCUUGUUGCCGAGCAGCGAGGUGAGCAAGUAGAGAGUGAUAUUGAACUCAAUACGGUGUUACGCCGAGGGAUCAGUCAAGACCAUGAAACAACACAGAAAAAGCGCCUUACAGCUCUCCUGCCUAGUAGAGCUAGAGAAAUCAAUGCACUUAGUUAUCGCAAAGUCAUCUUCCUUCAGGCUGCUUAUUUAGUGGAAACGCUACGGGCUGAUGCAGGUGACUGCAGCAAAGCCCUAAGGUAUUUUCUUGAGCCUAGCAUGCGCAGAGGUGAGAUGAGCAGCACGAUGGAAGCUGUCACAGGUGCCGUUAUGGAGAUUUACUUGCGCAAAACUUUAGCGGGUCUGACCCCAACAUUUUCGGCUCCAUACGUUGCUAAGCAAUUGGCAUCAAUAUUUACUGGCUGUUGUUAUCGGAUCGAAAGGGUACAGCAAGCUGCAAUGAACUGCGCGGAUAGGAUAAUACGAGAUGUCCCAUCUGCCCUCUGUCAAAAGUCCUCCCUAUUUGCACUUCUUGAACUAUUGUCACUCCUUUGGGUGAGUUGUUUGGAAGCCGAAACCGAUGAGUAUGGACUGAGAUCCUCCUUUACUUCUGAGAAAUCAAAAAUAACUAUUGAAUUAUCCGAUGAUUAUGGCCUACGUCGUCGUACGCUUGAUGCUCUUUACAGGAAAGCCAAAGGCUGGGUCACAGCAGUGAUCAAUAUUGCUCCUGCAGAUGUAAAGGGCUUGCUACAGACAUAUCUCUCAGAAUAUGACGAUGAAGGCGCUUAUGGUCAUAUAUCCCUGGGACGGUCGUUUGCUACAGAGAUGGGAGCUGUCAUUCCAAGUAUGGAUCACAGGCUUGAGGCGAUCGAUCGCCACGGGGAUUGUAAUAUCAAUACAGCCUCUGAUUUCAUUGCUCAAUAUACUACAAGGCAAGAGUACCGUUAUGCAGAAGCUCUUCCGGACCACAACGCUGAAUGGCUACGCUCUAUGUAUCUCGAUGAACAUAGAUCUUCGAUCACAUCUAAACCUGGCAAAGAUUGUGAUGACGCGGUUUCACUUUUGGCCAAACUCGAAGAACAAAUUCACAAAAAGAAACACAUAGCUAUCGGCGAAAUCCGUGAUGUAUUGAGGCGAGCUGCUGCUUUGCUUUGCCGAAGUGACAAGGAUGAGUGUGCCAUCAUACACUAUCUUGUUUCCAUACCCUUCGCUAUCUUCACCAAGCAGUCAAUCAAACUAGGAGGUUCAUUAUGGCUGGGUGUCAUCAACGAAAAUCCCAGCAUGGAGCCUAGAAUUCUGAUAGAAAUCGCCCAACAAUGGGAACUGACUUCACAUCGUAAAGUAGGUAUUUUCAAUGGCAUGUUCAUGUAAGUACAAUCAUAUGUUCAUACCCUAUCAAAAACUAAUCGUCCAUAGCCAUCAGGACCCUUUCUACAUCAAGGAGGAGUUCGCACCUAGCGACAGGACAGUGCUGGCCAAAAAGCAACACGCUGUUAACGAUAUGCUUGCUCCCCACAUGCGACUUCUACAGCUCCUCAGUAGUCAUUUCAAUGCCACUCGUCUUGGUAGCUCGCAUAUGGAAAAGACAUUCCUCAGAAUCCUGAACUUUACAUUGGAUAGCUUGAAACAUUCUACUGGGCACCCGCUUGCUCGAGAGAUCAGAUUCCAAAUCGUCUUGUUUGGCUUAAGAGUCCUAAGACACACUACUUCUCUCGACUUCCCCUCUAAGUGUAGGCUGAAGGACAAGAUUCUUUCUGCUGCUCUCAGUUGGUUUACAUUCCCACCACGGUGGUCAUUUGGUGGUAACCGUCUGCAAUUGAAAGCCGAGACUCGCCUAUUGAACGACGUCGUUCUAGCGUUUAGAAGCGUUGCAAUGACAGGUCCCAAGCCCACUGCUAUGCUCCAAUUGAUGCAGGCGAAGGAGGAGCUUUUGCACAUUUUAAUAGAAAGCGAACAGACUAGGUUGAAUGUUUGGCUUGAUCCUUUACGUCAAGGCCGCGAUAUCCAGGUUCCCACUCCCGCUAGAGUAGCUAACGAUGCAGUGCUACUUCCUCUGGUGCAAACAGCUUGGAAUGAAAGCCCAUCUUUGGCUAUACAGCUUGUGUCUAGAUUUCCUUCGGCGAGGUUGCACCAGGAAAUCCGCUCGCUCUUGCUUCACUUUCCCGACAAAGCAGUAUCGGAGCCUGAAGCACUGCAUGUCUUACUGGGCGACACUUUGCCACCUGAUGUGACAUUCCAAAUGAAGGUAGGUGAUAUGAAAGGCGGCUAUUGUUUGAAAAUAAGCUGACAAAUGUAGUACCUCUUAUACUGGACUUCUGUUAAUCCGAUAUCUGCUGUGACAUAUUUCUUACCGUCAUACCGAAAUCAUCCUUUCAUUAUUCAAUAUGCUAUGCGGGCUUUAGAAAGUCACCCUGUAGACGUCACGUUCUUUUAUGUGCCGCAGAUAGUUCAAACUUUGCGCUAUGAUGACUUGGGAUAUGUUGAGCGAUAUAUUGUCGAGACUGCGAAGUUUUCACAGCUUUUUGCACAUCAAAUUAUUUGGAACAUGAAGGCUAAUGCUUUCAAAGACGAAGAUUCUCAAAUUGUAAGUGACUUGUAUCUCUCAAAUUGCUAAGCUAACAAUUCUAGCCUGAUCCUGUCAAACCCACACUCGAUAAAGUUAUGAAUCGCAUGAUUGAGUCCUUCUCGGGUGUUGAUAAAACCUUCUAUGAGCGCGAAUUCACAUUCUUUGACGAAGUCACUAGCAUUUCUGGCAAGCUGAAGCCAUACAUCAAACGGCCAAAGCCAGAGAAGAAACAGAAAAUUGAAGAAGAAUUGCGCAAAAUCAAGGUGGAGGUUGGAGUCUACCUCCCUAGUAACCCUGAUGGUGUGGUAAUUGGUAUUGAUCGUCAAUCCGGAAAGCCACUUCAAAGUCAUGCUAAAGCGCCGUAUAUGGCAACCUUCCGUAUUAAGAAAAGUAUAGGUAAUGAUAUGGAAGGCACGGAUGACAUGCUUGAAGAGACCAACAAAAAUGGAAGCACCUCGGAUGAAAAUUCCAUUGAGAUUUGGCAAUCAGCUAUUUUCAAGGUUGGUGAUGAUUGUCGUCAAGACGUCCUCGCUCUUCAAAUGAUCGCUGCUUUCCGCGGAAUCUUCAAUAAUGUCGGGCUUGAUGUUUAUGUUUUCCCCUAUCGUGUUACUGCGACAGCACCUGGUUGCGGUGUUAUUGACGUUUUGCCAAACUCCAUCUCCCGUGAUAUGCUUGGAAGAGAGGCUGUGAAUGGUCUAUUUGACUAUUUCAUAUCUAAGUACGGAAACGAGGAUUCCCUCAGAUUCCAAGAAGCGCGCGCCAACUUUGUUAAAAGUAUGGCUGCAUACUCAGUUAUAUCUUUCUUGUUGCAAUUCAAGGACCGACACAACGGUAACAUCAUGAUUGAUGAUGCUGGACACAUUUUACACAUUGAUUUUGGAUUCUGCUUUGAUAUCGCACCUGGUGGUGUCAAAUUCGAGAGAGCACCAUUCAAACUCACAACAGAAAUGGUCGCUGUGAUGGGAGGAAGCACAGAACAUCAAGCAUUCAAAUGGUUUGAAGAACUGUGUGUAAAGGCUUAUUUGGCCUCCCGCCCAUACACUGAGAAGUUGUCGCAGCUCGUCAUGCUCAUGAUGGAUUCUGGUCUUCCUUGCUUCAAGCCUGAGACUAUUCAGCAUUUCAGAGAUAGAUUUGUGCUGGACAAAACGGAAGCUGAUGCUGCGACAUUCAUGAGAGGUUUAGUCAAGAGAAGUUAUGGAAGUUAUUCCACUGGAGUCUAUGAUCAGUUCCAGCUUUUGACCAAUGGAAUUCCAUACUAGAUGCCUUGCUGGCUUCUACGGGGAAUAUUCACGUUUGAGUUGGAUAUCGAAGAGAUUUACAAGGAAAGUCCGGUGUAGAUAUCUAAUGCUCGGGUUUGGUUUGGCGAAUGCAAGAAGAAUGUCGGCCGUGGUGGUAAUUCUAGUGAUAUUGAAAUUGUAGUACACUGUCUUUGAAAGCGUGGGGGUGUUUGGCAUGGGAUUAUCCUUCUUAGAUUUUCUUCUUUCACUAUACUUACUGAUACAAAUAUAAUAAUUGGUACUUCCUUGCACAAUCAUAAUAACUUUUCACAAUGUAUUUUGCAAUCAAUCAUACCUUCCCCACCAUUUGUAAAUGCGGUGCGGUUUACGCCAUCCGGUUUCCGGCCCGCACAUCACUGACGUAGUUUCAAUUAACAACGUAAAUAAAUACACCUCCAACGUCGCCAAGCCUCAAAUAAUCUGUACCACCUUAUACAUCUCUAAAUAAUUUCCACAGAAUAUUCCCCCAAGAUGUCAACCCUAGCACCCGAAGCCCUAAACGGCUUCUCCGACGCCUCAAGCUACGAUAAACAUCGUCCGAGUUACCCACUCGAAGCACUCUCGAAACUUCUACAUAAUCUAGGAGUGGAAAAUGUAGAAGGAGCGAGAAUUAUUGAUGUAGGUGCUGGGACGGGUAAAUUUACUAGUUUGCUUGCGCAGAG